CUGCACUAAAUCUUAACUUCUAUUCAGUUUCAAUUGGAAAUGAAGCAAAGAAGAAACCUCACUCUAAUUUUUCAAGAAAACAAUUUUGUGUGUUGAAAUUUGAUUAGCCAAGAAUUGGUUUCUCACAACAACAAACGGGGUCUGGAGAGGGUAGAGUAUACACAGACCUUACCAUUAUUCUCCGAGUCACGGAGGUAGUUUUCGAGGCUUAAGAAUUGGUUUUCUCACAACAACAAACGGGGGUUUGGGGAGUGUAGAGUGUACACAGACGUUACCACUAUUCUCUGAGCCAGAGAGGCUGUUUUCGAGGCUGAAGAAUUGGUUUUUCUUGAAUUUUAGUAGUAUGAAGGUGUCAUUGUUGUACACAGCUAAAACAGCCUAUAGGUUCUUGAGCUCCAAAGCUACAUGGGGGUGUCAAGUUAGUGCAAAGAGUAAGGCAAAAAGUUGUAGAAGUGAACUCAUAGGUACAAAAAAACCUAAAGUGAAGUUAACUGAGCAGCAAAAUCAAAUCUUGGAAGCAAUUUCAAAUGGAAAUUCUGUUUUCAUUACUGGGUCAGCAGGGACCGGAAAAACCUAUUUACUUCAGCAUAUAAUCACUAAACUUAGGAAAAUUCAUGGGAAAUCUCGGGUUUUUGUUACAGCUUCAACUGGGGUUGCUGCUUGUUCCCUCAAUGGGCAAACCCUUCAUUCUUUUGCUGGAAUUGGACUUGGUGAUGCUAGUUUUGUGGAUUUGCUAUCAAGGGUUUCGUUGGAUAAGAGAGCAUAUCGAAGAUGGAAUAAAGUUAGGGCUUUGGUUAUCGAUGAGAUUAGUAUGGUUAGUGGUGAGGUUUUCGACAAUCUUGAGUUCAUUGCAAGGAGCAUUAGAAGUGAAGAACUUGGCUGUGAGGAGAAGAUUUGGGGUGGGAUACAAUUAGUUGUGAGUGGAGACUUUUUUCAGCUUCCACCAGUAAUUAAUAAGAAGGGACAACAGAAGGAAUUUGCUUUUGAAGCUGAUUGUUGGAAUGCUAGUUUUGACGAACAAAUAGAACUGAAAACUAUCUUUAGGCAGUCUGAUGCUCAGCUAAUAAAACUGCUGCAGGGGAUUAGGAAAGGGAAGUAUGAUUCGGAGGAUUUGAAGUUAUUGGAUCAAUGUUGCUCAAAGGUGGAGCCAGAUUCUUCAGCUGUUCAGCUCUACCCACGGAUUGAAGAUGUGAGUAGAGUGAACGCUGAGAGACUUGACUGUUUAGAUGAGGUACUGUUCAAUUAUCAAGCUCUCGACAGUGGUAAAGAUCCUUGGAAGAAGCAGCUUAAGAAUGGAAUUGCACCUGAGCUGCUCAAAUUGUGUGUAGGAUCUCGGGUUCUGUUGACGAAGAACAUUGAUGUUGUUGGUGGACUUGUGAACGGUGCUACUGGUACAAUCUUAGAUUUUGCUUUUGUUCAAGAUACUCAUAAAUUAUAUGACCAUGAGAUUUCUGAUAUUUGCGGAAAUGGUAACCUGCUACCUGUUGUUAGAUUUGAUUCUGGCCAAGAACUGAUGAUUGGUGUAGAAAGAUGGUAUGUAAUGGAGGGAGAUGAAGCUGUUGCAAUGCGAAAGCAAAUUCCACUCAUAUUAGCUUGGGCUCUAAGCAUUCACAAGUGUCAAGGGAUGACUCUGAACAACCUCCAUACAGACCUCUACCGUGUUUUUGGCUUUGGGAUGGUAUAUGUUGCUCUUUCGCGUGUUAAAAGCUUGGAUGGCCUUAAUCUAGUCAAUUUCAAUCCGUCAAAGAUCAAGGCAAACCCAAAGGUUUUGCAAUUCUAUGAAAGAUUGUCUGCUGAGAAAGAUGAACAAAAGGAAGACAGUGUAACUGAUGAUAUCUAAAUUUGGUAGUCUCUGAUGUAAACCUCGAGUAACGGUAGUACAACUCGGGGAAGUUCCUUUGAUGAUCUUAAGCUAGAUAUGUGUGUGGAACGACAUAUACGGGUCUUUUAAAGUAGAAACAAAUCUAUUCAGAGCAAUCCCGGAAGACGUAACAAAGAUACAACUUUGGUCAUUCAAACCAGGGCAUUGAGUUCAUCAUUUCCUCCAGGUAACAGAUUUGUUUGCCAAGCACCAGCACCUUAAAAUUUACCGAAAAUUUGAGAAUCUUCUGCCUAUUACAUAAACUUUAUAAGAUGCAAUGUCCUUAUUUCUAGAUUGUCACUUGAAUCCCAGGAACACGCGAAGUAUCUUAGUUAUGUAAAGACAGGUUCUUGUAGAGGAAUGGAUAUACCCCUUCUUUACGAAACCUACAGAGGUGCGUUCUCCUACGUGUAUCAACAUAUUUCUGUAUAUCUUAUUAGUAUCAAUGGUCAUUCAGCUAUAGGAAGGUUUCUUGAUUCAUGACAACCUACUGUACUCUGGAUUGAGACUUUUUUAUAACCAACUGGAUAUUUCAGAUGAAAUAUUUUAGUGGUCUAACAUGUUUUAUCGCCAAGCUCGUUCAUCGGAGCUUGAUGAGCUCAGGUACUAAUAGCUGAAAUGCAGUUGUUUGAUAUGGCUCUUGGUACGUCAAGUGUAAAGCAUGUGAACAUAAAACAUUUAUAUGAUAACGAUAGAACUUGGAGUAAAUAAGAUUGUUUACUAGCUAUUGCGUAGGAACAGGAUUUAGCCGCACGAUUUGGAGUAUAUGAGAUUGUUUAGCGUAGGAGCGGGAUUUACCUUGUGUGACUGUUGGUUACCUUUGUCAUGAAAAAAGAAAACAGACUGGACUGGUCCAUUUUCCAUGUUGACAUUUGUAAUUGUGUUUUUUGAUUUUUAAGAAUUGCAAUUAAAGAUAA